CCCAAUCUAUUCCAAAUACAAACACAACCACAUCAACUGUAAGAAUAGAAAAAUUUAACUGUCACAAGCCAUUGUUUCUCAGACUUCACAGUCCUCACCCUGAAUAUCCAAAUUUACUUUUGCUCAAGGACCUACUCACAUCUCACCUCCUCCAUGAAUUGCUCUGACAUCCCCCUUCUAUUUCUACCAGCAAAGCCUACCCAGUUUAGUAAUUUUUAUGUAUUAUCUCGAAUGGUAAGUAAUGUUUCUUCCCUUGCUAUCACUGUCCUAGACUAUACAAAUGAAGAGGAGAAUAAGUGUCCUUAGGUGCUGAACAUAUACUAAAUAUAUGCUGGAAGUAGGAACAGCUUUGCCUAAGUCUAACCUCUAGAGCACAAAGCUGUAGCUUUAAACUCCAAAGACCACACGUUGCUCUACCUGACCAACUGACUGUCUCACUAUUUGACUAGAAGAUCCAGCCUCACCUCAUUGCACAGGCUUCUAAGCGUAAACUCAAACCAUCCAAGGAACACGAGGUGCAGGUGGGACUCUCAAAGGCAGUCAGAGGCCAAUGAGGCCUACUUCUAUUUGGAAAGCUCAACCAUACGUCUGAGGAGCCCGGAGCAAGUGAAAACCUGAAAAGAGACUAAAGUGCUCCCCCACUGACUGACAGGACGAGCCAAAAGUUGUUUGGACUCGCCCCUGACUACAAGGUUGCCAAGCAAGCAUUAGUCUUGCUAGCACCGCAGAAGUAAGCUUCAGCAUGCGGGGAACCCCAACACCUACAGAAGAAACUAAGGGCCUUCGGAGGCGGCUGUUACCCUCCCGCUGCUUCUAGCUUCUUGGAGCUUCGGGGCUGGAAGGAGUGGCGCAGGAGUUUGGAGAAGCGUCCUGAGUUGCCAUGGAAACGGGGCCCUGCUCAGAUCUCAGCUGCAGAACAGAGUACCACGAAAUUUGUCAUCCAGGAUUACUGGUGUUCGCUGGCUGCUCGGAACAGGAUGCCAACUUAGCUAAGCAGUUCUGGCUCAGGGCAUCCAUGUACCCCACUAACGAAUCUCAGUUGGUGCUGACAAGAGGGAGCAGUCAGCGUUUGCCUGUUGCAGGGAACUCUAAGAGUGUUGUCUCAAAGAAUGCAGAUGUCAUUGCUGAGGCUCUAAAGAUUCAGGAAUCUGAGGAGAAAGUAAAGUAUCUCCAAAAGGCUAAAAAGAGAGAUGAGAUUCUCCAACUUUUAAGAAAACAAAGAGAAGAAAGGAUCUUGAAAGAAUUUAUUUCCCUUCCUUAUAAACAUAUGGACAAAGUACACAACAAAAAGCAAGUGUUAUCAGAGGCAGAUAAAAAGGACUGAGAAGAAGUCAAAGCCUUGGACUGAUUUGACUGACACGUGGUAGAGAAUGGCUUACAUACAUCUUCAGCUUACAUCAAGAUCAAAGUUAAAGAAAUAAAAGAUUUGCAGGUUUCUAGGAAUUGUACUGGUUAUUGAGCACAUGUUUUAAAAUAGAUUAAGAAAUAAAGGUUAAAUA